AUUGCAGUUUUCGAGGUCUCAAGGAAUCAAGUAGUAAGAUUCAAGUGAUACCAAGCCGCAAGGUACCGUGAACUCGGUGAAAUAUUCAGGGCACCUUCCUCGAGCCACGACAAUUUCCGGUUCACGCGCUACUGCGGCCAGCACAGGCUGGUGGCCGCACUGCGCAGCAUGCAUAUGGCAUCCUUGAUGAUCGGCGGCGGUAAAUUGUCAUGUUGCAAUUUGUUCUCAUCUUGUUUCAUCAUUAUCAGAAGUUCCUGGUGUUUGCUCUUGCUGCCAGUAGUUGAAAUAAACCCAUUCAAGAGGCUCGCACUCCGUUCAUGAUUCUUGGAAUUCGCCCUUCAACACUGUAUUUGGUUGACUACAUUCAUGCCUGCUCUGACACUUUCUGAAACUAGCAGUGCUUGGUAUGCCAGCCUGCGUUACCCAGUGAUCAACCCCGCCAACCGCAAAUGCUCCACGGUCCCUAUUUUCUCGCUGAACAAUCAGUACUCCCGCAAUUUCCAUCUGUCGUGGCUUGGAUUUUUUGUUGCCUUCUUAUCGUGGUUCGCGUUCUCCCCUCUCAUUCCAGAUGUCAUCAAGACUGAUUUGAACCUGACAUCUGAGGAAGUUGGGAAUUCGAAUAUUGUUUCGCUGUGCUCUACCCUCAUUGUACGAGUCAUAUCAGGUCCGCUCGUCGAUCGAUAUGGACCUCGCAAAGUGAUGGCCGGUCUUCUCAUUAUCGGGGCGAUUCCUUCUGGCCUUGCUGGAACAGUAUCAACUGCGAACGGUCUCUACAUUGUCCGCUUCUUCAUUGGAAUUCUCGGUGCCACAUUUGUCUCUUGUCAAGCUUGGAACACUGUUUUCUUCGACAAGAAUGUCGUUGGUAGAGCGAAUGCCUUGGGCGGAGGCUGGGGAAAUGCGGGCGGCGGUUUCACGUUCAUCAUCAUGAUCGCUCUCUUCAAUCAAUUGCUUACUGACGGCAUGAGCCCGCACGUUGCCUGGCGGGUGGCAUUUGCAAUUGUUCCUGUCCCCGUUCUCCUUUCUGUUGCCGCUGCCACUCUAAUGUUUGGCACUGACCACCCCGCGGGCAAAUGGAGUGAUCGCUAUAAGGCUGUUGCUCCUGCACUUCCUGCGUCAGACGAUCAAACGAUCAUCAUCAAUAGUGCCAAAAAUACAAAUACAAAGUCUGGUGAUGAUAUCGAGACUGGGGGCGAGAAGAACAUUGAGGUCACUAUCACUACUAUAAACUUGGUUUCAGAAUUGGACACUGCUGUCAAUAACCCACUUUCCCUGGACAUGGCGUACGAAAUCAUGUUAAACCCGCUGACCUGGCUGCCCUCAUUGGCUUACAUGACUACUUUCGGCUACGAGCUUGCCAUUGAUGCUAACCUAGCUACCGUUCUGUAUACGCUACUCAAGUCCCCCACUUUUGGGCAGACCAAAGCUGGCUAUAUUGCAGGCAUCUACGGUCUCCUCAACGUGUUCUCCCGGCCGCUUGGCGGAUAUUUUGGAGACCUUAUAUAUGUCAAAUUUGGUGUGCCUGGCAAGAAGUACCUGACCAUCGCUUGUGGAGUCGCCCAAGGGUUUUUAUCGUUUGGUCUUGGCCUUUACAUUGAUAACCACUCUCAUCCAUCUCUCGCGGUCAUUAUUGUGAUUUUUGUCAUCCUCGCAAUCUUCAAUGAAGUCGCCAAUGGAGUCAACUUCUCCCUUGUUCCACAUUGCAACCCCAACUCCAAUGGGUUUAUGACCGGAAUUGUAGGCGGCAUGGGAAAUAUUGGAGGGAUACUCUUCGCGAUUAUCUUCCGCUUUGAACCAUCUCCUUCUGGAAAGGCAUUUUGGAUUUCUGGUGUUAUCGCGGUUAGCGUGAACCUCUUACUCUGUAUGAUCCGUGUACCUCAGGUUUGAACAAGACAAGGAAAGUGCAGUCUGUUCGUAUGGUCCAACUACAUGAGUCUGUCACAAAUUGGGUCUCGGCUGAUAUGAAAAUUUUCUGUCCUAUAUGAUAGUAAGAAUGAUAGCUCAUGAGUGCUCCAAAACUCCCAUAAAUCAGAGGAAGGCUACGUCAAUAUUUGUAACAGUGAGCUCGAGCAGGGGAGUAUCGACUCACAGCCUACUAGCUUUG